AUGAUUUCUGGCAGCACAGGAGGCAUUGCUGGUAGCCCUCCCCACGAUUUUUCAGCCCCAAAUGUCGAAUCCAUUUUUGCCCAGCCAACUUGCUGUUGCGGUUGCUGUGGGCUUCAAAGCACAAAUCAAUCCGGAAAAAAGCCAGUGAAUACAAAUUCUGGAAAGCAGACUCAAGUUCUUUCCUUCCCUGAUUCCAAGGCUCCUCUUUCGGGAUUUAACGAAAGGAGCCGGAUUAACAUAUCAACCUCAAGGGAAACGUCUUGGAAAACAGAUUUUCAAUGUCCGAGUUACUCCGGGUUUAAACCUAAUGAAACUCAAAUUCAAUCUGUGGGUCAAAUGCCCCAGCAGCACUGCUGUUUUCCACCAAUAAUGAGUGGAGGCAGUGUUGAAGUGGUCAAAGUCGGAGAAGGUCCACCGCUAACGUGGGCUGAUUUACAAAGACAUGGCGCGUUUGCAUUUCCGGAGGGAGACGAUUGGGCAACGCCGGUACAACCUCAGAGACCAUCACCAGUUCAACAACCCCUUCAAAUGCCAUCGCAAAAAUGUCAAUCAUGGAAGACUUUCAGUUCAAGUGAACAGAAACGUACACCAAUUUCUGAAUAUAGCAAUUGGUCACAACGAAAGAAAGCCCCUCAAACUGUUCUGGAGAUUCCACCUGAAUUCAUGAUUCACCAACCAGCACCGCUGGCACAAGUACAGCCACAACAAAUGGGGAAUCCAAAGCCGAUGAACUGUUUCUUUGAUCAAUCAAAACUCACUACAACAACUGCUCAAACUGAAUCUGCCGUGAACUACCCCCAACACUGUCAUCACCCUAUGGUGGUGUCAUAUCCAUAUGCCUAUAAUCAAUGCUCAUGUGGAGGACAGAACUACGGCGUUGAACCAUGGCAAAACCCUGGAGGAGAAGCUACCACCACUCCGAUGAGACCAAUUUCCGAAGUUCAGCAACAAAAAAAGUUCAGCUUACCGCCGGCCAGUCACCACUCCCCUGAACAGCGCACAAGUUAUCGUGCUAAGCGCAUCUUUUGA